AUGGAGACGUCGACGGCGGCGAUGAUGAUGGACCACCACCACCGUGCGGCGCCGUCGCUGUCGGCGGAGGAGAAGCGGCGGAUCGAGCGGGUGGCGCGGUGCGUGGCGCGGGACCGGGACGGCGGGGACCUCACGGAGAAGCUGCUGCUGCGCCUGCUCGGCCUCACGCGCAACGCCCGCCGCUGGGGGUUCCUAGCGCCGGACCACCAGCUCCACCCCUACUACCUCCAGCAGAAGGUCUCCGAGCGCUGCCGCAUCCUCCGCCCACGGCACGCCGCCGCCACUGCCGCCGACCGGUGA